GAGUCUUCUUUUGGCUGCUAAAUAAUCUUCCCAACAAUGGGGUGUGAUUGUGUGAACAGAGAAGGUCGGUACUUUGUCCUCCACUGUUUACUCUUUAAUCAAAGUGUUUGUUCACUUCCUGACCGACCAGGCAGCAGCACAAACGGCCUCUUUCAUCAGCUCGUUCUCCUCACACCUGCAGCUGGAUUCUUCUCACCUGGUCUGGAUGCACCCGGCUGGAUUUUAGCAGCAGGUUUUCACAGCCUCAGGGAUAAGACACCUGCAGCAGGUGUUUCUGCUGCCAACAGGAUGUCCUGCUGCUGCUGCGUGACGCCCAGACAGCUGCUGGAUGGGAUCCAGGAGGAGGACCAGGAGCAGAUGGAGGUGUCGGUUCUGAGGGAACUAUACCGGAGCUGCAGAGAGGCUCAGAGGAUCCACCCUCAGGUGCUGCUACUCCGGACAGUCUCUGAAGACGUCGUCACCGUUCCUCAGGGUAUGACGUUACCGUGGGAACCAACCAGCACCUCUGACCUCGACCUGACCUUUGACCCCUGGCACGUCCACCUGGACCUGCACCGACGCUGCAGCCCCGGAGGAACCAGAACCAGCAGGCGUUCGGAGUCUGGAGACAGAAACGUGUCGCUGGGUUCAGGUUCUCAUCAGUGCGCCAGAGAAACGUCGCUCUGCGGUUCGUCCGGCAGCUCCAGAGACGACCGCCUCGAAGCCGGUCUGGACUCUGACGGAUCUGGAGAGGAGCUGCAUCCAGACCUGCUGCAACUCCAGGCCCGCCAGGAGGAGCGGCUCCAGGCCCGCCAGGAGGAGCGGCUCCAGGCCCGCCAGGAGGAGCGGCUCCAGACCCGCCAGGAGGAGCGGCUCCAGACCCGCCAGGAGGAGCGGCUCCAGACCCGCCAGGAGGAGCGGCUCCAGACCCGCCAGGAGGAGCGGCUCCAGACCCGCCAGGAGGAGCGGCUCCAGACCCACCAGCAGAACAGCAGCAGGUCCAGGAGGCUCCUCAGCUUCCCCUUCCCCAGCAGGAGGACGCCCAGGAUCUCUGAGGCCGCCCGCAGGCUCGGCAUGUACUCAUCCUUCUGACAAACUUUACAUAUUCCGUGUUAUUCUGGACUUUUUUUUGUCAUUCUGGACAGACUUUACGUAAUUUUGCACUUUUAUUGGUACUUACAAUGACUUUUAAUGACUCUUGGACAUUUAGUUGUAAUUCUGAACACAUUUAAAGUCAUGUUUGAUGUUUCGUUUUUUGGUUUUUUUUGCAUUUUUAAGUCAUUUCGGACAUGUUUUGAGUGAUUUUUUUUUUUUUUGAACCACUUUUGAGUCAUUCCAAACAGGUUUCAAAUAAAUGUAAACAUAUUUUAAGGUAUUUUGGAUAUUUUUUUUGUAAUGACAUUCUUUGAGUCAUUCUUGACACAUUUCAAGGCAUUUCCUACUUAUUUCAUGUAGUUUUGGACAGUACUUGCACAAUAAGACACUGUCUUGUGUCCACUUGCGGCGACAUUUCAAAGUAGUUGCAGAUAAUAAAUUGUAAUUCUGAACAAAUUUAAAGUCAUUUUUGAUAUUUUCCAGUAAUUUUGAACCAUUUUUGAGUAAUUCCAAACAGGUUUAAAUAA